UGUAACGCUUGACUUGCACCUCCGCAACGACGCCUCUGCAUCUGGCUACCACUCGGUACCUCUUUAGUUUCGUAGAGGCCAUUCACCGGACGGUUUUCCAGCCUUUCUCUCUCAGUCUCGAGCUCCACGACCUCGUAAAAUAAUCGAUUGUUAUUGCUUAUGUAUUCGUCCGUGUUAACCUCAUUUGGACACGACCUGCAGAGAGGACUAUCGUUGAUACUACCCAAUAGGUUCAGAAGAAUACCAAUCGGAAAUUGUCACUUGACUGACCCAGUGACUUAGUUUUCUCGGCUGUCCAUCACAUGGCCGGUUUUUCAUCAUCCGGAUCGUGCACGUUCAUAAAGUCCUCCCUUCCCGUUAUUGUGCUCAUUACAUCCGUUCGACGGUGGGUUUGCGAAGCUUGUCACGUCAUGACCGUGCCGCCGCUCACUUUUCCCCUGGUCGAGAGGAAAACCCGCAUCGUCCCCCCUCCGGCUGCAGAUGGUAGACACGAAGUUUUUAAGCAAACAAACAAAAGAAACGAAUGAAUCUACAGGACAGGACGGAAUAUUCCUCUGCUUCUAAAAGCAAUUGAAGAAAAAAGAAUGAGAAGGAAAAACUUGUAACUAGGCCAAGGUUCGUUGGUACACGUUUUUGUUAUAAGCUAUUUUCAACUUGGGAAUCAUGAGAAACUUUUAGGGUACCUUCACGUUAUUUCAAAAAGAGGGGGGGGGAACGACGAUGCGUAUGGCACUUUUGCGUUCACUUUCUUUCUUCUAGAGUUAAAAAAAAGAAGAGCCCCCAGAUGCCUUUAUUGCUUUGUUUUCCGAGCUGCGAUGUACACAACAGACAGGAAAAGGUGUGGAUACUCUACACCAUAUCUCUCAUCUUUCUGUCAUCAUCUCCAAGGGUAAGUGAAGUGUUUUUAAUUUCAGAGAAAUAGCACACCACUUGGCCGAUUUAUAUUUCCAUCACACAAUCGAGGCUGCUGGGUAUUUUUCCAAGAGGGAGUAUGAUUGGUGUUGUGUAAGUUUCUUGUGUGUCAAAGGACUUGAAAAAAAGAAAUAACAAGGUGGCAACGCUUGACACCGAUACGUGCUGGCCAUGACUUGCCUCCUACAUGUACGACGUCCGAGCGGUUGUUGGCUUCAAACAAAAACAAGGACACGUGUUGCCAUUUUAUUGUAGAAGGAAAACCCGACAAAUAAUUGGCAAAGUAUCGAAUUUGGGGAAAUAUUCAACGGAAUCACCGCAUGUUGGAAAAGGUUCGAAUGGUACACUGGUCGCGGAUCAUCAGGUGGUUCGAUGAACUCGAGCGAAAAAAACAAAAAGACAUCGAGUUGUGUUGCGGAAGAAAUGGGAAACGAUCGAGGAAAAACGAGCGCAUGGCAAAAUUGAAUACCAGUUCACCUCGGCUAUAUUUUUUGGAGCGGAAUAAAACACCCGUAGUGGCGGGACGUUUUUUUUUUUAUCUUUUUGGGGUGGACCAACAAAUUGAGAAACUGGACAGUAUCCGGCGAAGAUGGGUUUUCCAUUUUUGAAUUUCUACAUUCUCACCGCGUAUUGGCACUUCUUACACGAGCUACUUCUUUCUCUAUUCCACUUUUUAAAUUUAAUUUUCUUUCCUCUUCUUUUUUUUUUCACCCGGCUCAUUUUUAGGGGAAAAGUUAAUACUACUCUAGCUCCGCCCCCCUUUCGCCUCCUCCCUUCUCGUCUGAGGCAACCUAUUUAAGCUCGGCUGGUUGUUGGCUGCCACUUCACAAACUUCCAGGCAACUGGAGUUUCAAGCCGCUCUUCAUUCUUUCUCCCAUUUUUCUCUUUUUUCGUUAACAAAGAAACAAUUGAACAUUUCACAAAUGAUCGUCUCUACGAUCUCCGAGAAGGUGGAUAAGUCGGACGUUGAAUCCAUCUCGUCCGAAACUAUCAAAGAUGAGUCCGGUUUGAGUUUGUCACGAGCCUAUUCCGUCACUUCGGAGCCACCCGCGUACAAGAAGCAAACAGCUUCAUCGGUCCGCAUCGCCCGAUUGAUCGCAAUCACAGUCGUGGCUGUCGCUCUCAUCUUGGGCACGGCCAUCGUUCUUGCCGCUUAUUUGCAAACGAGACACACCAACAACAGUGCAAUUCACUCGGCGGCCCCAACAGCAGCAGCCAGCUCGACCGAGACGAACAAGGCGGCCACUGUCGCUCUACCUUCGGCUUUAACGGGCGAUGCUCCCAGCACAAGUGGAGCCAAUGAGGUCUCUUCAUCCGAGUCUUCGGCCGAGGUCGCCAACGAAGAAAAAGAUCACCGGCGCCUAGACACGGACGGUGACUUGCUGGAGGAAUUUCUGGAGAAUGAGGGCAAGAUCCUCCGUUUGCCCACUGGCAGUGAUCUCGAUGUCGAUAUUGACGAACUCACCAAGAUGUUUUUAAAACGGAAUCCAUUGGACAAGAGCAAAUGUGUCGUCGAGCGCAAACCUUUCGACAGCACCGACGAUUUCGUCAAAAUUCUGCCCAUCACAGCCAAAAAUGCUUCGGCCGUUCCUUUGAUGCCCAUCAUCUCUGGCGAGCGCAUUUCCAUCAUCUGCUCCAGCGAUGAUGAUGAAAAUAUGUCCGACAUGGAUGAAGAGGAUGAUUCCGGUUUAAUCCAUUCCAGGCCGAUUAUGAUGCCGUUUGAUUUGAGCCGUCCCCAAAUGAGGAUUCAUCCAUUUGGCAUGAUGGGAGGCAUGCCAAUGAAUUCCCCCAACGGACCGAUGCCCUUCCCGAUGAUGAAUCACAUGAUGCAGCCACCACCGAGAUCCAUGAGGCCACAACUACCCCUCAAUCUCACUCCUCCUUCCUUCGAUUUCAAUAAUGCCCUGCUGGAACAGCGCCUUUUAAAUCCUUUCAAUGUCCCCCCUCCACCAUCACAGAUGCGAUCUCCCUUCCAGUCUUUCCCGGCUGGACGGCCUUUCCGUUUCCCGGAGGUUAACCUCCGCCAAAUGCAACCAGUUUCCCCUCCGCCACCUCAAUUCCAGCCGUUCCAUCAACGCCCGCUCGACAGCCACGCCAUGGCCGAGAAACGUUUCAAUCUCCCGUCCGACCUCGUUCCGGACAAUAGUCAGGAGAAAUCUCAUGUUCCGGAACAUCGCGGUAUGGACACUGCCGGUCCAGUUAGACCAUCUCUUGUCACGGUCCGCCCUAUUCCUCUCUUCCGAGAACGCGAGCCCAGCCCAGACUUUCCGAGCUUCCCGGAAGGUCUUCUUAGCCUUUUAGAGGAAUUGCCUGGUAUCCUGGGAGCCGAGGAGCCACAACCCGUCCAGCGACUAUCGAUCCAGCCUGGACAACCAGACCUUCCCGUCUUCCGUGUCCCGAAAUUCCUAUUGAGCACUCCUGGACCGAAAGAAGUCGAAGCCAGUACCGAAAAGCGCAACGGCCCAGCCCAAUUGCCAGCUCGUCCAGUUACACUACCUUUCUUGCAAGUUCCUCCUUUGCCGGCCGCUCUAGUGGCCAAAGAGCGCUCGGCUCCUAUUCCAGUCAACAUUCCUUUCUUGAACGUCCGCAACUCCGCUCCAUCCGCGCCCAACCCAAUCAUACCGGCGCCGGAUCGCCGCCAGGGGCGCGCUUCUUUCUUCGAGCGUCUGAUGGACUCGAUCCUCUCUCCUGUUAGCAACCGCCAGCCUUCAUCUAAGAACGAAAAAUCCUCGUCCGUGGAAUCCGCCGAUACUCGUGCCGCCCAGCCAGUUCGUACCGGAGGUCGAGGACUCCGUACUAUGCCUGAAAGUGGACCAGUUGUUGAUCGCGGAGUAAUUGUUGCUCGUCCUAUCGCACCAGAAGAGGAAGCCAUUGCACCCGAACAGGAUCGCCGUGCCAGAGCGCACUUUAUCCAGCCGCGCUCCUUGAAGGUUAAUUGAAUCACGUUUUUAUAAAAUGGCUGAACACAGACUGUGCAGCACUUGUUAUUUUUGGUGACGAAGACAUCCGUCCGCGCAAUUUUUUUUUUUUUGAACGAAAAUUCGUCUUUUUUAGAAACGUCCAUAAAGAAAUACCGUAUUUCUUUUUUUAAGGAGAUAAAAUCCCCGUUUUUAUUACUUUACGAUUCUAUAUUCUGUCCACCUGCAAUUCUAAUAUUUUCACUCUACACUAUAUUAUUGGUUAUCACAUUUAACCAUGUACAAAGUGCGUGCGUUCUUCUGCGGAAAAAUUACUAAACUUUAAGAAAGAGAAAAAUGUUCGGACAUUUUUAUGAAAGAUCUACACCGAAAACAUUAACCCGUUCGUCAACAGGUGCGUCAUAUCUUGGUUAAACGGUAGUGUGUAAUCAGUAGCCUACUGGGUCAAUUUACCUAAAGACGUUGAGAUACGGUGAACAGCGCGUCGGGUACAAAACAAAAGUGAUGGAUAUGUUAACUGACCAAUAAACAUAUGACUGUUCUGUA